CAAGACACUUUCAUCAAGUUAAUACUGUUUUUAGUGUGUGCUUUUUUCUUUAAUUUCAUUUCAAAUAUGGGUAUUCAUUUACCUUCCAUGAUCCUUCAUGCCAAACAAGUUCUUAAGUUUCAAUCAAGGAACCAACUACAUGUGCCCAAAGGCCACAUUGCUGUUUAUGUUGGAGAAAUGAAGAAGACAAGGUUUGUGGUUCCAAUUUCAUACUUGAACCAUCCUUGUUUUCUGGAUUUGCUCGGUCGGGCCGAGGAAGAGUUCGGGUUCAAUCACCCGAUGGGCGGUCUUACGAUCCCGUGUGACGAAGAUUCCUUCAUCGAUCUCACUUCUCGGUUGCAUAGUUGCUGAAAUAUGAGGACCAUGAAUGCUUAGUUUAAGCCAGAUUUUAGAAGUUUUUAGUUGAUUUUAGUUUCUUUUGCUCCUUUGCAGGAUGAAAGAAAUGUAAACGUAGAUAGCUUUUGGCCAUUAACAUAUUGUGAAAUGAUAAUGAAAUUUUUGGUUUUGUGAAUCA